CUGACCGUGACCAAUCCCAGGUUCGAAAAAUCACUCUAUGACCUGAUCAAAGGUCUCCGGGGCCACAAGGGGGGAGAGAAUGAAUACAUUCAGAAUGCUCUCCGGGAGUGCAAGGUUGAGAUCAAGACACAAGAUAUGGACAAAAAGGCCACCGCUCUCCUCAAGCUCAUAUAUCUUGAAAUGUUUGGAUAUGACAUGUCUUGGGCGUCGUUCCAUGUUCUCGAGGUCAUGUCAUCAGCCAAAUAUCUCCAGAAGCGAGUCGGAUAUUUGGGAGCGGUGCAAAGUUUCCGACCCGAUACGGAAGUCCUGAUGCUGGCGACAAACCUAUUGAAGAAGGAUGUCGUCACUUCAAGUAUCCCAAAUAUGUCGCUUCCUCUGAUCACCCUACCGCAUGUCAUCACACCUUCUCUGGCCAUGUCCCUGCUCCCGGACAUCCUAUCUCGACUGUCACACUCCAACCCAGUCGUUCGCAAGAAAACAAUUGUAUGCCUGUACAGGAUUGCGUUGGUCUAUCCCGAAGCUUUGAAGUUGGCAUGGCCCAAAAUAAAGGACCAUCUGAUGGAUGAAGAAGAAGAUUCGAGUGUGACGACCGCAGCGAUCAAUGUUGUCUGUGAACUAGGAUGGCGACGACCCCAUGACUUCCUGCCUCUUGCACCCCGAUUCUUUGAACUCCUGGUUGAUAGCGGGAAUAAUUGGAUGGCUAUCAAGAUCAUUAAGCUAUUUGCAACGUUGACCCAAUUAGAACCCCGACUGACGCGCAAGCUGUUGCGUCCAUUGACCAAUAUAAUCCAAACCACCUCCGCAAUGUCUUUGCUAUACGAAUGUAUAAAUGGCAUCAUUCAGGGUGGCAUUCUGGACGGGGAAGAUGGCCUUCAAGAAAGGGACGAAGUCGCCACCCUCUGCGUUGGUAAACUGCGCGGUAUGAUAGUGAUGGAUUCUGAUCCUAACUUGAAAUACGUUGCCCUUCUUGCAUUGAAUCGUAUUGUUGCCACACAUCCAACAUUGGUCUCUAUGCAGCAGGAUGUCAUCAUGGAUUGUCUGGACGAUGCAGACGUCUCUAUUCGACUGCAAGCUCUGGAGCUUGCCGUUGGAAUGGUCAACAGUGAUACUCUUCAACUAGUCGUAAAUCGCCUAUUGGAUCAACUUCGCCGUGCCUCAGUCCCCGCAGGUGAACUUGCGCAUCCGGCUGAGACCCCCGAUGUCCCCGUCGUUUGGCCCAAUGAUUACAGAACAGAAGUUGUCCACCGGAUCCUCGAUCUAUGCUCACAAAACAACUACGCUGAGGUUGUUGACUUUGAGUGGUAUAUUGCUGUGUUGGUGCAGUUGGUCAGUCUUCUCCCACCGAGUGAGAAUGAUGAGGAUUGGGGUCAACUCAAAGAGCAAGACGUCACGUCUGAUUUGAGAUCGAACGCUGCGCUUCGAAUAGGAACGGAGAUUCGUAACGUUGCUGUGCGAGUGAAAGGCGUGCGCACAGAAGCCACACGAGCUGCCGAAUCGCUCAUUUUCGUUGACAAUCGAUCGACGUUCUUCCCUCCCGGCUCCACCAUCGGCGAAGGUGUUUUAGGCCCUGUCUCCUGGGUCGUUGGUGAAUAUGCCGAGUCUCUGCUGUCGCCCCAGCGGUCUCUUCUAUCAUUGAUCGAUUCUUCGAACUCAUCCCUCCCACCAAGGACGCUUUCUCUGUUCUUGCAAGCUAUCCCCAAAAUUUUCGUUCACAUAAGCCAGACCAACAAAUCAGGCAGUAGCUGGAACAGUGAGAUGUCGCUGCUGCUUGCGCGUGUCGUGGAAUUCCUGGAGACUCUAGCUUCCCAUCCCGACUUGGACGUCCAAGAGCGAGCUAUCGAGUUCCUAGAGGUCCUACGCCUGGCCGCCGAGGCAUUGCAUUCUGAAACCCAAGAGGUUCCUUUCCUUCUCGCCUCAGUCAUACCAAAUCUAUUUACGGGGCUAGAGCUGAACCCUGUUGCCGUCAGUGCCCAACGGAAAGUCGUUCUGCCCGAUACUCUUCGUUUGGAUGAGGCGUUCAGCCAAGAUUUACCUGGUCUCUUCCAAAAUCUGAACGACUUGUCGUUGACCGACUCCAAAUCUUGGGAAGCAUCGGACUUCUAUCAUACCCCUGAAGUUACGUAUGUGAAUAAGCAAGCCCAUGGUGUUGUUCCGAGUGAUGCGCCUCACUCCUACCAGAACUCCAGUGCCCCGAUGGACUCCACCGCAGUUCACAGAAGAAUGCUGGAGCGGAGGGAACGUUUUAAGGAUGACCCCUUCUAUAUUGCCCCAUCUGGAGACUCAUCUGGUACAUCUACACCGUUCCACGAAAUCCUGAACAGUUCUAAUGGCGAGGGCUUGGACCUUGAUUCCAUCCCUAUCGUUGAUCUGAAGCUAGGGGAUGACCAGCCAAAUAUCCACUUCGACCGCUCAAGGACUCGUCGAGCUCCGAGCAAAUUGGCAGUCGCUGGCGAGGAAACAUUUGAUACCGAAAGCCCCGCGACCGACGCCCCUGCGGCCUAUGGCGGUGGCAAUGGUUCCCAGGCACCCAAACGGUCUGUGCUUCAAGUUGACUCCAGCAACCUGGGAAGCUUGUCAUUUGCAAAGAAGCCCUCUCAUCUUCCGACAGACCAAGGAGAGACAGAAAUGGCUCAGGCGAUGCAGCAGGUCGAGGAGGUACGACUGCGAAUGCAACGAGCAUCAGAACGAAUCGAACUAGAUGGAACACCCGCCGAAGGAACUCUCGUCAAGAAAAAGACGAAGAAGAAGUCCAAGAAGCAGGCUGGUACCGGAUCUCUCGAUGCCCCGGAUGAACCCACAUCGGAGCUUACCGCGGUGAAAAAGAAGAAGAAGAGGAAAGACCCCGAGAAGCGAGCGCGGGAGAACGAACCUCCCUCGGCUCUCCAGUAA